UAAUACAGCUUCCGCAAUGGGUAUUCUUGCGCCUCCCGCGUGCGCUCCGGGCUCCAUACCUCCCGCCAACGUGCCUUCUGGAACCUCAAUUCCUGGUAAUCCAGCUUCCGCAAUGGGUAGUCUUGCGCCUCCCGCGUGCGCUCCGGGCUCCAUACCUCCCGCCAACUUGCCUUCUGGAACCGCAAUUCCUGGUAAUCCAGCUUCCGCAAUGGGUAACGCUGUGCCUCCCGCGCUAGCUCUCAGCCCUACAGCUCCCAUUUCAACCGUAGCAGGUACGACUGGAGCUGGAACUGGAGCUGCAGCUGCUACUAUAGCACCUGUCGCCAGCGUUGGUGCCAGUCACCCAGUCAGCAUUGGUGCGCCACAAACAGGUCCUAGUGGUGCUCAGAUCAAUAUCCAGGGGCCACACCAACAGGCUGGAUCAGCUGGUCACCCUAAUCAGCCGCCGAGCCUUCCCAAUGCACCUCCUGCAAUCGCCCACAACGGACCCGAUACUAGCGCCAAUCACCCUGGGGUCACUGUAAUCUACCAGCAACCCAUACCACCGCCCAUCGUGCUGGGCCAGCCAGCAUUUCCAAUGGCCCACGCCGCCGUUCCCGUCAGUCAGGGACCGUACCUCCUAAUGAACCCUCAGCCUACGCCACCAAUGGUUCCUCCUCCACCUCCCGGUGCUCUGAGUUGCUGCCAGCCAAUCCGUUCUCCGUUCUAUAUUGGCACGUCGCAUCACCUGACGAAUCCCCCAAUGCAUGUUUGUUCGCAUCCAAUUGGAGGUUAUCCUCAGGUGUAUGUGAUACCUGGAAGCUGCGUGGCUGUCCAUCGCUGGUGAGACCGUGGCAAAACAUCGACCAUCCAGAAACAUGGCCCAAUGCCAAGGCAAUUAGUAGGAUAAGCAACAGCGAAAUUGUAUUGAAGACAACGGGGUCAAAGAAAACGUUCAGAGAAUAUCCUUCUAUUGGCGAGAAGUAUUUGGUACAGUUUUUGCAAGAAUUCGACAUGAAGAUGCGAUGAGCGCAGGUCCGGUUCUACUCGGCUGCUUUAAGGCGUUUGCUCUCAAGAAACCUAGAUAGACAAAGGUUUAAUAUUAUGCAGUUUCGACACUUGGUGCUAUUUGCAUCCUCUUCACUCGUGAAAGCAUCUGACAUGAAGUUAAAUUUAAG